AUGGCGCCACCUAUUACCGUCGUGCCGUCCCUCGAGACCGCCAGCGAAGUUAUCGCCCAGUCGAAAAAUGCGCAAUUUCCUCCUAACCUCCUUCCGUUGACUACGUCGAUUCCGGCCGACCUGUUGACCCCCACAUUGGCUUAUCUGAAGAUCGCGGAGAAUUGCGCUAACGUGGUCGGCUUGUCCAGAUCUAAAUUGUCCUUCCUCUACGAGAGUGCUGCGACGACCGAGACUAUUGGCAGAUACAGUUUCGUCGGUGCUGGUCCCCGCAAAAUCAUCAAAACCGGUCCCGGUCAUGGCCCCGAGUGCGACCCCAUGCCCAUCCUGGAGCAGGAACUCUCCGGUUUUCGGGUUGCGACGGUGCCUGGCUUGACACUGCCCCCGCUCACUGGUGGUGCCAUUGGAUACGUGGGAUAUGACUGCGUGCGGUACUUCGAGCCCAAGACGGCUCGGCCGAUGAAGGAUAUCCUCCAAAUCCCGGAGUCGCUUUUCAUGCUGUUCAAUACGAUUGUCGCCUUCGAUCACUUCUUCCAGGUCGUCAAGGUCAUCACAUACAUUUCCAUUCCCGACAACGACUCGGAACUAGAGUCCGUCUACCGCCAAGGACAAGAGGUGCUCCAGCGGACCAUUGACGUCCUCCUUCGACCAGACUACGCUCUUCCGCCCCAAGGCCCGAUCAUUCAAAACCAGGAAUACACAUCCAACAUCGGACGGGAAGGAUACGAGCGCCAUGUCACUCGGCUCAAGGAGCACAUCUCCAAGGGUGACAUUUUCCAGACUGUGCCGUCGCAGCGGUUGUCCCGGCCGACGUCGCUCCAUCCCUUCAACCUCUUCCGUCAUCUGCGCACGGUCAAUCCGUCUCCGUAUCUCUUCUACAUCGACUGCGAAGACUUCCAGCUGGUAGGAGCCAGUCCCGAGCUGCUGGUCAAGGAGGAGAAGGGACGGAUCAUCACGCACCCGAUUGCGGGCACGGUGAAGCGGGGGAAGACGCCCGAGGAGGAUGCGGCACUGGCCAACGAGCUGACCAGCAGCAUCAAGGACCGGGCGGAACACGUGAUGCUGGUGGACCUGGCGCGCAACGAUGUGAACCGGGUGUGCGACCCGAUCACGACGCAGGUGGACCGGUUGAUGGUGGUGGAGAAGUUUUCGCACGUGCAGCAUCUGGUGUCGCAGGUGUCGGGCAUCCUGCGUCCGGAGAAGACGCGGUUCGAUGCGUUCCGGUCGAUCUUCCCGGCGGGCACGGUGUCAGGAGCGCCCAAGGUGCGGGCGAUGCAGCUGAUUGCGGAGCUGGAGGCCGAGAAGCGCGGAGUGUAUGCGGGAGCGGUUGGCUACUUCGGGUAUAACAUCGCCAGCGCGGAUGGCCAGACGGAGAUGCCGGGGGCGAUGGAUACGUGCAUUGCGCUGCGGACGAUGAUGGUGAAGAACGGGGUGGCCUACCUGCAGGCGGGCGGCGGCAUUGUGUUCGACUCGGACCCGUACGACGAGUACGUGGAGACGUUGAACAAGCUGGGGGCGAACAUUGCAUGCAUCAAGGGGGCGGAGGCGAAGUAUUUGAGUCUGGAAGAGGAGAGUCGCCGUGCGUAG